GGCUCCCAAAUCCAGUCCCUCCAACAGUCCCAGUGCGUAUGUGUGCUCUCGCCCGUUGCCCCGCCACCGAGCUAGAGUUGCAGCGAAGGGGGCUUCGCUACAAUAGCCAUGGGUCGUGUCAUUCGUGCUCAACGUAAGGGAGCUGGCUCCAUCUUCCGGAGCCACACCCACCGUCGCAAAGGCCCCGCUCAGUUCCGCUCCCUCGACUACGCUGAGCGCAAUGGCUACAUCAAGGGUGUUGUCUCCGAGGUCGUUCACGACUCCGGCCGCGGUGCUCCGUUGUGCAAGGUCACCUUCCGUCACCCUUUCCGCUUCAAAAGGCAGAAGGAGAGGUUUAUUGCUGCUGAGGGCAUGUACUCUGGUCAAUUCGUUUACUGUGGCAAGAAGGCGACCUUGUCUAUUGGAAAUGUGCUGCCCCUGAGGUCUGUGCCCGAGGGAGCCGUGGUGUGCAAUGUGGAGCAUCGCAUGGGUGAUCGGGGUGCGUUCGCGAGAGCGUCUGGUGACUACGCCAUUGUGGUGUCGCACAACGUGGACAGCGGAACUACUCGUAUCAAAUUGCCGUCAGGUGCGAAGAAGGUUGUGCCCAGCGGAUGCAGGGCCAUGGUUGGACAGGUUGCCGGAGGAGGCAGGACCGAGAAACCAAUGUUGAAGGCUGGAAAUGCCUACCAUAAGUAUAAGGUGAAGAGGAACAGCUGGCCGAAGGUGAGAGGUGUGGCCAUGAACCCUGUGGAGCAUCCUCACGGAGGAGGUAAUCACCAACAUAUUGGUCACGCGAGUACAGUGCGUCGGGACGCUCCUCCCGGGCAGAAGGUUGGUCUUAUUGCAGCCAGGCGCACGGGACGUCUGCGUGGUCAAGCUGCCACCGCCGCAUCGAAGGUCGACAAGGCUUAGAAGAAUCUCUUACGCUUUUGUCAUUCGACAGUUUCGUUGACACUCGCUUAUCUUUUAGUUGCAAUUCCUGGCCACAAAGAAAAAUCAUGAAUGCCAUGAGACUCGGUUUUCGAUUAAUGCGUUUACCUGAAAACGGCUCAGUGUGCUAGCUCAGUGGUAUGUUGUUGACAUCCCCCGGAUUUUCUAUGCUGCUGCUAGCGUGGGCUUAGUUUGCCUGUGACUUGUCGUGCCUGUUCUGAUCAGGUCUUUCCUUAUUUGCGUGUACAUAAUUGGGUUAGGGUUUGUUACUAGAGUGGGUACAAAAGUCACGGUAGUCAUCGUCUGCCUGACUUUUAUUUGUUCGGUGGUAUGUAUCAUAUUUUGAAGUUUCAUCUGAACAGUGUCGCCUGGGCAAUAGGAUGUAAAGUAUGUUUCCUGUCCCUUUUUGAAGCAGACACUUUUUAUUCCCACGUGUGGGA